AUGAUCGCACGUACUGCUACCCGAACGCUCCUCCGAGCGGCGCCUCGCGCCUUCACGCCCAGCAGCGCCAUUGCUGCUCGUACCAUCAUUCGACCCGCACCCAUCUCUUCGGCGAUCCGCUCCUUCUCCGCCACCUCGCUCGCCCGGGGUCACGGCGAGUACGACGCCGAGCUCGCAGGCAAGCUCGUCCAGGAACUCUCGUACGAACAGGAGAACUCGAACCUCUUCACCGGCGACUCGCCUACGGCCGAACCCGGGUUCGUGACCGAGUUCAAGCAGUCUGGGAUCUGGAAGAUCCGCGACACGCCCGGGCUCGACGAGGUUGCUCUCGAGCGUCAGUUCGGAAACGAGCACAUCCUGCUUCUCUUCUCCGUCGGCGACAUUGACACUUCCGGUGCUCUGCCGGAGGACAACGAGGAUGGCACGCCGGGUGAGGUCGAUGGUCCUCCGGAACAGCCCGAGAACCCCCCGUUCCCAAUCCGCAUCUCGGCCACCAUCACCAAACCCACCGGCGGCGCGAUCAUGAUGGACGGCUUCGUACAGGAUGGAGAGCUCAACAUCGACAACAUCGGAUACUACAAGGAUGCGGAUCUGGCCACCAGGCUCGACGCCGAGGCGGACUGGAAGAGGAGAGGCGUCUAUCUCGGCCCCCAGUUCGAUACGCUCGAUGAAAGCCUGCAGGGCCAGUGGCACCAAUUUUGGGCAGAGAGGGGUAUCGAUGCUAACAUGGCGUUGUUCGUGCCUAAUUAUGCCGAGUACAAGGAGCAGCGCGAGUACUGUAGCUGGUUGGGACACAUGAAGGAGUUUGUCGAGGCUUGA